UCUUCGCUCGCAUUGCUCCCCGUCAGAAACCCUAGAUCAGAUCCAGGACGAAUGGCCGAUACCGUAGUUCCGAUUCUGGAGACGACAGGAUGGAUAUUGCGUCCCCCAAAGAACAUGAUGAUGAAAGUGAGUAUUUUGCUUCAUGGGUAGUUAGGAAGCAACUAUACCCGGAGACUGUCAACUGGAUACCGCCGGUUCGGAUCUUCCGGUACACAGCUAUCUUUGAGGAGGCCUGGGGUUGGGACCGGCUACUGCCACAUACCAGUGUUCCGAUCCCCACGUAUUUGGAGUACCUGACGGAGUAUCACAAGCGCAAUCGCAUGGAUUACGUUGCUGCUGCCGCUGGCAACUCAAAACCUGAAGACUGGCCGCUCAAAUACCGAGCAGUGAAUAAUGAUACCCAAUUCGACCCGGAUGCGUCACUUGUAGAUGCCGCCCAGUUUUGUCUGAAAAUGGAGGAGCGUUUCAUGUUGGCAUGGAAUAACAAACGCGUCCGCAAUGUGAAACAUCUGAGCCAAUUGAUACAGGAGCGAGCCCGUGCCAUCAUCUCCACUAGUGAAGAAUUCUCUGAAACUGCUGCUGCUAGCUUGGUGUGUAUCUCCAAUGAGGCUGUUUUGGCGUCUGAGCUUCUGCACCGUUGGGCUAAAUCCACUGACGAGGAAAUCAGAUUAUGCAACCUCAUCCGCCACUGUGCACUGAAUUUAAUGCACAUUACUGGGCCUGAAUCUGCUGCCUCCAUUGCUGCCAUGGUGGGUGUUGCUAAGGAGGCCAGGCUAAUGUGCCAGUGGAUGGGGCAAACAAAGAAACUUUAUGCCUACCGCUCUUACAAUCAUCCACCCCAUGAGAUGUAUCUUUGCGACAUGAUCCGUGAGGCCGUCCUUAAGGUUAUGAGCCACGUACUGAACAAUUACUCAAGGGGCAACAAUACUUACAUGGUAAUGGAUUUUCAAAAGAAGAACAGGAAGCGAAAGACCAAGGUGGAAACCUCAGAUGACGAGUUAUCACAGGCGUCACUUGAUGAACAGGCGCCACUUGAUGAACGGUCACCAAAAGCCAAUGCGGUAACCUUAAAUGAGAAGUAUCACAGACGGUCUUUCCUCCUGUUGUAAACAAAACUGGCAUCCAGAUUGAACAGGCGCCACUUGGUGAACGAGAGAAGUACAUUGUUGAGCUGGAAAGGAAGUUGAGUGAAAGGGAUAGAGAAUUGGAAGCUUUGAAGUUUGAUCAUAAAAAGGUAAAUCUCUUAACUCUUAUGUUCUGCACUAUUGACAGUGAGUCUCAAUGAUUUUUUGUUAGCAUUUGUGUGCAAGUCAGGCAGGAUCUUCUUGCAGUGCAGACGAAAGAGCUUGCAAAAGACAGGUACGUCUGUUGCCUUUUGGUGCUUUCCCCUCGAAAAGGAAAUUCACAGUUCAGAUUAGUUGUGCAGCUUAUAUACCUUAAUAGUUUAAAGUAUCCAGAGCUGUGGUACUGGGAAUUAUGAAGUUGGCUGUUGUUGUGAUAACCUUGCUAUGUAUGUUUUUGGACAAAAUGAACCAACACACCGCAUGUUAGUUUUGAGGUAUAACCUUGCUGAAGAAUGAUGAUUGUAGUGCCAUGGAGCGCGAAGCGAGGAUGCUCAGGGAGAACACCUACUUUGAUGUGGAUCUGUGCAGCGGCGGACGAUGCUACCGCAAGCUGAUGGUGCCUGGGCUUAGUGGAGGAUGUUUGGGACCUUGUUUGUGCGUUUUAUCUUCAGCUCUGAGCAUCCCCUUUCUUUCAGACUUUAUUCUCUAUUGCUGGUGUCGUCGGCUUUUCGCCCCAUAACAAUUGUUUUGAUGGUGAGCAUUUGCAGUGGGUUUCCUUGUGA